UCCUUAAGGCGCAUGGAGUUAAGCACAACCGCAGCAGAUUAGAAACCUAGUAGUGAAGGAAGAGCGAGAUAAUUACGUCCGGGCAGUGGUUGAUCUGAAGCCUGCCAUGAAUUCCAUUCUGUCCUACGAGAGCUUAGUCCACGCGGUGUCUGGAGCGAUAGGUAGCAUGACUGCUAUGACUGUCUUCUAUCCAUUAGACACUGCUCGUCUCAUAUUGCAAGUGGAUGAAAAGCGGAAGUCUCGCAGUACUCCAGCUGUAUUGAUGGAAAUUAUAAAAGAAGAGGGCCUCCUUGCACCAUAUCGUGGCUGGUUUCCUGUCAUCUCCAGUCUCUGCUGCUCCAACUUUGUCUACUUUUACACAUUCAACAGUCUCAAGUCUUUAUGGUUAAAAGGCACUGCUCCAACAACCAGCAAAGAUUUGACUAUUGGCUUCAUUGCUGGCGUAGUUAAUGUCCUCGUCACAACUCCUCUGUGGGUGGUAAAUACAAGACUGAAACUUCAAGGCGCCAAGUUUAGAAGUGUUGAUAUAAAACCUACAACAUAUACUGGAAUUUCAGAUGCUUUUCAAAAGAUAUUGCAACAGGAGGGAGUGCUAGCACUUUGGAAUGGUACAUUACCUUCUUUACUUCUGGUUUUCAACCCAGCCAUCCAGUUCAUGUUCUAUGAAGGAUUAAAGCGUCAGCUCCUAAGGCAGCAGGCAGAGCUUUCUUCUUUUCAAGUGUUUGUAAUUGGAGCUAUUGCCAAAGCUAUUGCCACAGCAGUCACAUAUCCUUUGCAAACUGUGCAAUCAGUACUUCGGUUUGGCCAUGAAAAACUUAAUCCAGACAAACGGAAAUUAGGAAGUUUGUUCAGUGUCAUUUAUCUUCUCAAGCAACGGAUUAGAUCACUGUGGGCGCGGCCAGGGUGUGGAUUAAAGGAACAUCGGGAGCGAUGUCUCAGAUGCACGAUAAUCUUUAUUCACAAGGUCAUCUACAUGUUUCUCGGGCAGAAUUGCCCCCUUCAUCAGGACUAUGUACAUCUGAUAGUGUUACAGAACAUUUAAAACUAAGGGUUUUAGCACGUAGGCCAGGGGGAGGAAAGUAGGCGUGUUCAUAUGGACUGACAGUUGUGAUGUCAUCUGGGAUUAGCAUAAAUAAACAAUGGGUGCAUCAGUCUUUAUU